AUGGAUUCACAUGUUGCCCUUGACAUUCCUACAACCAGACUAGGUUUUGUCUUCCCAAGUGGUGGUCUUCAGGCCGAAGAUGAGGUGAUCUUGGAAGCUCACCACAUUGAGCAUCCCCAUCGGGAGUUCCUCGCCACUGAGAUUUUCUUGACAUCAUCGAAACAAAAUAUCGUCAUCAAGGGCUGGACUGGGCCUGGGAAGAAGCGCCCUUUGAAAUGGCACUCCUUCGGCAAGCGUGGGCGACAGAUUAAUGAGCUGAUCUUCGAUGAUUCUGUUCUGACUGGCAUUCGCCACAUGAGGCAGGGCAACUUUGUGCGGAAAAGGAAGAGCGCGAGGAAAGCAUCAUCUCCCACGGCCGGUACCACUGCGUUGGUGGUCAAGAACCAAGAGAUGGUAGCCGAUGUUGGAAUGGAAGGUUGGGACCUGCUAAGAGAGGGCUGUGUGAGGGCAGGUAGUUUGGUAGCUGAAGAGCCGAAGGUUCAGGUCGACAUGUGCUGUGGCUCGAUGUCAGCUGAGCUUUCUUCAUGGCGCUGGGCGAAACCCCUGUCGAUCAUUGUAGAUCAGCAAGCAUGA